AUGGCCGUUUUCGACAACAAAAAGUUCAAGUCGUCCGUCGACACAAACAACUUCGCCGCGAGGUACCGAGCCAUGAUGGCGAAGCGCCCCUUCCUGCUCUUCGGCCUGCCCUUCGUCGCCGUCAUGGUCGCCGGCUCCUUCGUCCUGACCCCCGCGACGGCCAUCCGAUACGAGAAGCACGACAGAAGGGUGCGCCAGAUGACGAGGGAUGAGGAGCUGAGCAUGCGUCGGUCGGCGCGCAAGGUCGACAUGAAAGAGGAGUACUACCGUCUUGCGGCCAAGGACAUCGACAACUGGGAGCAGAAGCGUGUGAAGCGUUUCAAGGGCGAGCACGACGGCAUCAUCGAGUAG